AAUACUGCAUAAAAGCAUAAAUUCAAAAUUGUUUUGAUCAUAUACAGAUAGCAUUAUUAUGUCCAACCUAAAAAACUAAAAUCCCUACCUACGUCAAUACAUUAAAUUAGAAUGAACUAAUACCAUUUAACUCAUAUUGACAUAAAUAUUACGAUUGUAAAGAAAAAAGAAAGGACAAAUAACAAAAAACAAUUUUCACGAUCGUAAAGGGUUAAGAAGAGGUUAUCCGUCUUUUGAUUUCAAUUUCUCAAAACGGUGAAAACUGUUGAAAUGGCCGGUGCAAUGUUGUUCGAACGGGCACAAGCAGUUUCGAUGACGAAUCGUAGCGAAGGUAUUUCGCUUCUCAACGAAAUUGUCUCCGAUCCGAGCAUCGGUGUUACCGACGAUGACGAAGAUAACAUUCGGGUAAAGGAGCAAGGUAUUCUACACCUUGGCGAACUUUACAAAAAAGAAGGAAAAGCAAAAGAGCUUGCUGAAUUGAUCAAAGCUACCAGGCCAUUCCUUAGCUUAAUUAGCAAAGCCAAAGCUGCUAAGCUCGUACGAUCAUUAGUAGACUUUUUCUUGGACCUAGAAGCUGGUAUUGGUAUCGAGGUCCAGUUAUGUAAAGAAUGUAUAGAAUGGGCAAAAGAAGAACGUAGAACGUUUUUAAGGCAAUCAUUGGAAGCACGUUUAAUAGCAUUAUAUUUCGAUACUGGUAUGUAUAGCGAAGCGUUACAAUUAGGAUCAGCACUGCUCAAGGAACUUAAGAAACUGGAUGACAAGCAACUACUAGUAGAAGUUCAAUUGUUGGAGAGCAAAACUUAUCAUGCAUUGAGUAAUUUAGCCAAAGCAAGAGCAGCACUUACCAGUGCUAGAACAACAGCCAAUGCAAUUUAUUGCCCACCCAAAAUGCAAGCUGCUUUAGAUUUACAAUCUGGAAUUUUACAUGCUGCCGAUGAACGAGAUUUUAAAACCGCAUACUCUUAUUUCUAUGAAGCAUUCGAAGGGUACGACAGUGUUGAAAGUCCAAAGGCUUUAACAGCUUUGAAAUAUAUGUUACUAUCAAAGAUUAUGUUACGUACACCCGAAGAUGUACAAUCACUUAUGUCUGGAAAGUUAGCUAUUAAAUAUGCUGGGCGGGAUUUAGACGCAAUGCGAGCAGUCGCUGAAGCGAGUCAUCGUCGAUCACUAGCAGACUUUCAAACUGCUGUUAAAAAGUAUCGCGAAGAACUAGAAAAUGACGUGAUUGUACGUGCUCAUCUAGGCUCUCUUUAUGAUGCAAUGCUUGAACAAAACUUGUGUCGUUUGGUUGAACCUUAUUCGCGUGUACAGGUCAGUCACAUCUCGACCUGCAUAUCAUUACCGCUUGCUCAAGUGGAAAAGAAGCUAUCGCAGAUGAUAUUGGAUAAAAAACUAAGGGGUGUUCUCGAUCAGGGUGAAGGUGUUCUAAUCGUUUUCGAAGAUACCCCGCGUGACAAGACUUACGAACUUGCAUUGGAUACGAUACACAGUAUGGGGAAGGUCGUUGAUACACUUUAUCAAAAAGCGAAAAAACUCACUUAGCUAUAUUUAAUAUAUUCUACCAUCAAAAUUUGUUAUAAUUAUUAUUACCAUUAACUAUCAUUUCGUGUCGUUAAAAAACAAAUUAAAUUACAUUUGCUGAUAUUCAUUAUAUAAUUUAAAACACGUUCCUGCCUUGAACAUUUCUAUUUUCUGUAUAAUACCAAUUUGACCGUAUCGUUUAUUUUUACAUGUGAAAUUUAUUUAGCUCAAUUGAUAAUAUCAAUCCGUUUUUUUGUUCGCACGUUUACAUUGUACCCGAGUGCGCGCAUUACACACGCCAUACAUACGUCCAUCUCUUUUUCUUUUUUAAUUACACGUAUGUAUUGACACAUAUGCAGAUGGUGGUGAAUUUUAUACGUAGUAGUACUUUUGUUGGUCAACCCUUUCUUCAGAAACAGAUUGGAAAAAUAACGUCGUGAUGUGCAAAAUACGAAAUACAGUACUAUGAUGCGAAACGAU